CCUACCUACUAUACAAUCUACGCAUAAAUCAAUCAUUUUAGACUGCAGUGUUCCAUGUGAGGUCAACAAAUGAACACCAACAUUUUGCUAAUAUUAAAAUAGGUAUCGUGGAGUGUUAAAAUUAGAUAGAUAUAAGGUAGAUGAUUAUAUGUACAUCAUGUGGAAUUCAGAAGGAAAAACACUGAAUGAAAAUAAUAGUGGACAAUGUAAAACAAUAUUUAAACAAACUUUUAAAUUUACCAAAGGUAUACCAGAACAAAAAAUUUCUCCUGAAGGAUUUUUAAUACGAGACUGUGGUUGUGUCAUGCGAUUUUUACCUAAUUUAGAUAAUAAAUUAAAUAAGAAUAAGUUACAGCUCACAACCAUUAACAAGAACCAAAAUCAGAAAAACACCAGCUAUACUCACCAUCGUAAUAAUUUAAAUCAAACAAAAGUUAUUUCAACAGAAAUGUAUCAAUCAACAUUUUGGAUGGAACCAAGAAUAAUCCCUAUUAAGUAUACCACUGAACUAAAUUUCAACUUAGAAUCACCUAUUAGAAGAUUUACAGAAACAAUUGAUUUACAGAUGAAAUUAGUUCCUUGUCCAUAUAUUCAGCAAAUCGGGACUACAAAACGUUUUAAAACAUCAAUUGAAACAAAAAUACAAUCAGAGUAUACACUACCAUUAGAUAUUACUAAUUAACAUAAUUGGAUAUUUAAUCUUAAAUUAUCAAUAGUUAACAUAGUAGCACAACUAUU